AUGGCAUGGGCCGCUAUUCGCCUCCGAGGCGACAUGGCGGAGCUUCAUCGUAAGCUCAACAACAUCGCAUCAUCCCCGGUCACAGGCCAUGCGCGAAUGAUUGUCAUCAAACCCGAAGCGCAAUUCGUUGUCGCUUCUCCGGAAGGAUUCGUUGUAGGAGACGUGAACGCGCAAUUAGACGGAGCGUUAACGAGCAUUGCAGAGCAAGGCUAUGAGAUCGAUCUGGAGGUCUUUGCUCCAACGGUGGUCAUCCAGGAGACUAUAGGUCGCGCCACGAAGGACAAAGAAGCCGUAGUAAGGGUACAGAUGAAUGUGUACGGCCCAUCGACAGCCGCUUGGGACAUCGGCAAGGAGUUAUCGCAGCAAAAGAUCUACCUGCAACGCCCUGUGUACAUACGAGAUGGUUAUCGAUACCAGAAUCCCCACAUUCUCACCCUUCCUGGAUUCCAUGGCUCGACACCUGAGAUACCAACCAUGACAGAAGAACCUUUACCUGACAAGGUCGGUCUGCAGACAUUGAGAAGCACCCUCCAAAAUGUGUAUUCCUCUUUGACGCGAGAUCGCAAUUUGCACGGGUUAGAGGGUGACGAGCGCCUCAACACCGAUCUUUUGUUCGCGAAGAUGGGCCCAUACCAGACGAGUACACACUCUGGAGGCCGAGCGAAGAAGAUGGAGUCCAAUGCCAUGGUUGAGCCUAAGGAGACCGGUGGUGGUAUCCUGGCAGACGAGAUGGGGAUGGGAAAGACUCUCUCUGUACUAGCACUUGUACUACGGACGCUAAACACUGCGCACGAUUGGGCUAUCCGCAUCGAUGAUCUGAACGAUGCGACUUCGGAAAUACCAAAGAAGAGACGCCGCUCUGGAGCGACCCUGAUCGUUGCAUCAUCAGACCUCAUGAUCAAUGAAUGGUUUCAGGAACUAGAUAAGCAUUUUGAAGAGCCUACUCGUAAAGCCUUGAAAGCGAUCAAGUAUCAUGGCCCUCAUCGACACGUUUCCCUGGAGAGGCUCAUGGAGGCAGACCUUGUCAUCACUACCUAUCAUACACUCGCGUCAGAUUUUGCCAGGACCAAGCACGAGUUGAGGCAUAUUGAAUGGUAUCGUCUUGUCAUUGAUGAAGCCCACAUUAUACGACGGCAAUCCACCAUCUUGUACCGGACUGUAGCUGACAUCGCGGCCCGAUCGAGGUGGUGUCUGACUGGCACGCCUAUACAAAAUCGCCUGGAGGACAUUGGCUCCUUGUUCGCCUUCUUGAGGGUCACUCCGUUUCACAGCUUGUCGAACUUCCGAAAGACUAUUGCUAUACCUUUUGAUGAGGGCGGUAAGAGACGUACUAUUGCGAUUGAGCGCUUCACUCGUCUUCUGGACUCCAUGUGCUUACGCAGAACCAAAGAUGUCCUGCACUUGCCUGCUGAGCAGCAUCGAGUGAGAGAGGUACCGUUCUCAUCAGAAGAGCGAUUGCAAUACGAGCAGACCAAAGAGAUCAUGUUCCGAGCUGUCCGCAACCAGAAUGGCACGUUCGAUCAAAAGAGUACGCUGGGCAUGUUCCAGGUACAGCUUCAACUACGGAUUCUCUGCAACCAUGGUACUUGGCAGCAACCCUUCUCGUGGAAUCGCCGCAAACUGCAUUUACUGGAUGAGAGGGAGGCCAUGGAGAUCUCCCUGGGGCGAGACGGCGAGAUCACGUGCUCAGUAUGCCGGCAACCCAUGCCCGCCUUCAAUAGCGGCUCCAUGUUCCAUCGCUAUACCGAGAAUUGCCGGCAUGUGUUGUGCUCUCAAUGCCUUAUCCAGAGCACGCCUAGUGGCCACGACGAGAUACCCAGCAAAUGCCCGCUAUGCCAGCCCCUGUGGAAUAUGUCCACCGAAGCACAUCAUUUCAUGGACGCAUCACAUGAAGAUACCUACUUUCGAGCGAAUGGACGGUCUUCGAAGAUGGAAGUCUUGAUGAACGACGUUUCCGUCGAUAUAUGGACUACGAAAAGCAUUAUAUUCACUUGUUGGACGCGCACCUUGAACUUGCUAGAGAGCUAUCUCCGUUACAUGUCAAAUAACACGUGGACCCAUGAGCGUAUCGACGGCGAAUGCUCAACGACCAAACGCGAACGUAUCUUGCAUCAAUUCACGGAGGACCCCAAUCUGCGAGUACUGAUCAUGACCACCGGCACCGGCGCGGUAGGGCUCAAUCUCGCGACCGCCAACCGCGUUUUCAUCGUCGAGCCCCAAUGGAAUCCUUCAGUCGAAAACCAAGCUGUCGCACGAGCCCUGCGUCUUGGACAAAAGCAAGCAGUGUUGGUCACGCGUUACGUUGUGGAACAGACGGUAGAGCAGGACAUGCGCGCAUUGCAGGACACCAAAUUGGAAAGAGCCAAUCUCAUUCAAAGUGGCUGA